CUUUAAUAACCGCUUUGUAAAUCUUCGAUCUGGCUUUCUGUCUUUUCUUCAGAUAAACAUAAACUUUUCUCUUGAUUGAUUCCUCCCCUUUUUCAUGCUCCUUAACUCCAUCACCUCUCUUUGAGCACGAUAUGUUAUUGAAUUCACUUUACUCCUCUGCAAGGCGGUCUCUCUACUCAUAUAAAAGUCAGGCCGAUGUUCUUCAGUCAUGGAGGUGAGAUUGAUCGGAUUCUGGGAAGCUGAUGGGCUUGGAUAUGCUCUUACUGGGUUCAAAGCUAUCGUGUGGAGAUGGUCGUUGCUGAUGAUACUGCUGAGAGUAUAUUUGACUAUUUUGAAGUGGUAAUGGCGAAAUUGCAUAAUGAGAGCAUAUGAAGCUGGUCAUCUAUUGAUUGGAGAGGGUGUGAACCCGGAGGAUGCACAGAUCUCCCAUUUUAUUACAGACAUGGAAGGUAAGACCUACACAUUCCAGGUCUGGGUUAGCACCUACAGCUUCACAGCGAAUCAUCAGGCUUUCACCAUCUCACACAUCCUUAAUGAACGUGACCGUAUGUCACUCCCAGCAUAUGUUGACAACGUAAGUACUAUGUAUAUUCUAUCUUUGACUUACAGCGCCGCGACCAUGAUAAAGGAGAUGAUAUGCCUGGUGCCAACUUAGUACCAAAUACAGGAGCAGGUCCAAGUGGUGUCAACACAAGUAAUUCUCCAGCACAAAAAUGUUCUAAGAUGGUCAAGAAAGCACUGCAUAAUAAGAGAUCUUGCAUCACUAUUUCCUCUUUGAAGAAUGCAUACGCAUUAGUUUUUUUUUUCUUUUGUUUUUUGAACAAAUUCAUUUAUGCUUCUUUCCUAUUUUGGGUAAUUUAGAUUUAAAAUAGAUUAACAGAUAUUAAAUAUAUAAUGCUAAAAGAACACAUGUUUGAGUGUGAAACACAUUUCUCCAUUCUAUUGGUCUUA